AUGUGUCUUCAUAUUGCAACAAAUGAAGGAUUCCCUGCUUCUAAUAUACGCUCUGAUAUCUCAUGGCAAAUAGUCACCAAAAGCUCCAAGAUUAGCAACAGCCUUGAAUCCAAAUUAAGGGAAGUUGAAGAAAAUGAAGUGUUGAAAAUCUUCAUGAUGGAUUAUGUAUGGUCUGCUAGGCCCCAAAUACGAGAAGGGGUUGUAGCCAAGGCCAGACUCAUGAUUAAUGGUGCAUAUGAUAUCCCAGGGGAUAUGUCUCCUGAAAAAUUCAAACUUGCUGUUCAGUGGUUGAUUGAUACAUAUGUUGAGUGUGCUCUUAAAGCCUAUAAUAGUGGUGGUAAGAGUGUACAAGAUUUUUCAGAGAAUAUGUUUAAUGCUAGAUGGGGAUUCUACUUUGAAAAGCUUUCUACACUCCAGAAGUGUUGCCCUGGUUGGAUGACUCAAAUGAGGAAUAAUCUUUACAAAAGCAUUUUACAAUCAGCCAAUCUACAAUAUCUUAAUCAAAAACCUCAAAGCAAAGACUAUGGGAUUGACUUUGAUGUUUUAGAGGAAACUAUGGUAGUAUAA